AUGCUGUCGAUUCUACGAAAAGCGCGACUUAAGGACAAGGAGAUGCGAAUCCUGAUGCUUGGACUUGAUAAUGCAGGAAAGACGACGAUUGUGAAGCAGGUUAUGGGAGAAGACGUCAAUACUGUCAGCCCAACGCUGGGUUUCAUUAUCAAGACUAUUGACUACGAAGGGUAUGCAGAUAUUCCAAAGUUCAUGUGUGCUGACUUCUUAGGGGACGUGGGCGGUCAGAAGACGCUGCGAUCGUACUGGAGAAACUAUUUCGAAAAGACAGAUGCGCUGAUAUGGGUUGUCGACGCAACAGACCGUCUACGCAUUCAAGAUUGCAGAGACGAGCUUCAAGGGCUACUUUUGGAAGAGCGUCUUGCAGGGGCAAGCUUGCUCGUAUUUGCGAACAAGACAGAUGUUGAGGGAUGCAUGACGGAAGCAGAGAUUCUCUCGGAACUGCAACUGGAAUCGAUACGAACACAUCGCUGGAAGAUUCUCCCGUGUAGCGCAAUGACUGGAAGUAAUCUCAAGGAGGGACUAUCAUGGGUGGUGGAGGAAGCGAAGAAGCGCUUAUUCCUUUACUGA